AUGUCUCAGUCGCAGCUGCCGAGCACCAUGAAGGCCGUCGUCUUUGAUGCGCCGUUCAAGGUCUCUGUCCAGGACCGGCCGACCCCAAAGUUACAGCAUGCGCAAGAUAUCAUUGUCAAGGUCCAGGCCACCGCCCUGUGCGGCUCGGAGCUUCAUGUCUUCAGGGGUCACCAGGUCUCGGAGACUGGGUUUAUUAUGGGGCAUGAGUUCACCGGUAUCAUUGUCGAGGCUGGCGAUGAGGUGAAAACAGUGAAGGUGGGCGACAAGGUCGUCACACCCUUUACUACCUCAUGGGAUGGUGGCCAAGCUGAGUUCGUGCGGAUUCCAUACGCAGAUGGGACGGUGACAAAGGCGCCACCUGAGAUAGAUGACAAAGCGCUGAUUCUCAUGGCUGAUAUCUUUCCGACUGGCUACUUCGGGGCGAAGAACGCAUUCCGACAACUGAGCCCGGAAGAGAAGGCUGGCGCCACUGUUGUCGUGGUUGGAUGUGGUCCAGUUGGUCUCUGUGCAAUCAUCGCUGCCUUGGAAUACAAGCCCAAGCACUUGUUCGCCGUAGACAGCAUUGACAGCCGCCUUGAGCUUGCCAAGAAGUUGGGUGCGGAGCCACUCAACUUCAUGACUGACAAAGAAGGAAUGCUCAAGCGUGUGAAGGAAGCGUCCGAUGGACGAGGUGCUGAUGCAGUAAUCGAGGUCGUCGGGCUGAGUCCCGCCUUGAGAACGGCUUUCGAUCUCCUCCGGCCAUUCGGCGUGAUCUCGAGUAUCGGUGUGCACAAUGCUGAGAUCCCAUAUUCCGGAUCGGAAGCUUAUGGCAAAAAUCUUAGAAUCCAGACCGGAAGAUGCCCCGUCCGGUCAGUCUUCCCGGAGGCUUUGGAGGUACUCGCGAGGAAUCAGGAUAAGUUGAGCUUUAUGUUCGACAAGAUUAUGCCGUUGUCGUCCGCUGUCGAGGGCUAUGACUUGUUUAACAGCAUGAAGGCGCAGAAAAUUAUCUUCACACCUUGA